GAUCAACUUGUGUUGUUUACUGAAUUGUUAGUUCCGAGAUGCCUUGAGUGUCUGUUUCCUACAAGGUCAUCUAGCUCGGAAGUGAACUCAUAAAUCGUUUAGGUCUCCAAAAUCGAGUUUACGAGUUGAAUUCAAUGAUCCAAGUUUACUUAAACUCCAGUAGUUUAAGAUGUAACCUUAUUGAUUUGAUGGUGGAGAUCGACCGAAUAUUGCAGCCAGAAGGAACUGUUGUAGUGAGGGAUUCCCCUGAAGCCAUUGACAAAGUAGCUCGCAUUGCUCGCACAGUGAGGUGGAGGCCUACCAUAUACGAUAAAGAACCCGAAUCACAUGGCAGAGAUAAAAUCCUAGUUGCAACCAAGACCUUCUGGAAGCUAGCUCUAAUUCUCAUAGUAGAUCUCAUUGACAACUUUGUAAUUUAGGUGAAAUUUUUUCUUUUUUCUCACUGUUUUGAGGCUAAGUGUUUCAAAGCUAUCUUUUGUACAUCAAAGGCAUUAGGUUUUCAGUGUUUAUAUAAAGGAGAAAGUCAGGUGGAUAUGAGA